UUCUUUGUUUCUAUAAAGCGGGUGAGUCAUUGCGUUUUGCUCUUCUCCGAGAUCCGGAAGGACAAGUGAACAGGGGCUUUGGUGUCUCUGAAUUGUUAGAGCCAGGGGUAAAAUCGCUGGAGGAAGAUGUGGUGGUUUAUGAUAGGGACUUGCUGUCUGCCGGUCACCUUGGUCAUCUGGUCGUGUGCCGCCUUUGUCAUUUCAUUUAUUAUCGCUGUGCUGGCCAGACACGUCCUCCCAUUGGUCCCCUUCAUCAGUGACACUGGGACAUUUCCUCCAGAAAGAUGCAUUUUUGGAUUAAUGAUAAACUUAUCUGCUUUUCUGGGUUUGGUGGUUAUGUAUGCUCGGUAUAAACUGUUACAGACCUUGAAUGAGAGGAAGGCUGCCAUUAGCCCUAAGCUGAAUUGUGCUGCACUUGUGUGUGGUGCAUUGGGCUGUCUCGGAAUGUGCAUCGUAGCAAACUUUCAGGAAACUGCUUUGAGAAUAGUUCAUGACAUUGGGGCACUACUGGCUUUCAUCAUGGGAACCACAUACCUUGUGCUGCAGAGUUGGAUUUCCUUCAGGAUGAGGCUUUACCAUCACGCUUGUCUGGCAUAUCGAUUUAGGGUAAUGCUGUCUGCAUUAUCUGUCAUAGCUACCAUCCCUAUGAUUGUAUGUUAUGUCCUCGCCAUCCACAGCAAUCCAACUUUGGAUUGGAAGCCAGGAGCUAAGGGCUAUAGUUACCAAGUGACGAGUGCAGUUUGUGAGUGGCUAGUUGCGUUCAGCUUUAAUUUCUUCUUCCUAACUUAUAUCAAGGAGUUUCAGACAUUCACUAUAAACGUGCAAAUAGUGUUACUUCAAGACUCGCAUGAUGAAUCAUACAAUAGAUUAUAAAAGCCACUUCGCUGUCUCCCGUCAGUGUGUUCAGUGGCCAUUUCUGGGGCCAGGGCAGAUGUUAAAAGGUUAAGGACACCAUCAGUAUCCUUGUCUGUCCUUUUUUUAAUGGUUUGCAUGUUAUUAUAACCACUCCUAUAACCUCCUCCAACAACAACUUGCAUUAUAUGGCAUCUUUAAAGUAGUAAAAUGUCCCAAAGUCCAUCACAGAAACAUUAUCAGACAAAAAUUGACACUGAGCCAAAAAAGGGGACCUUAGGACAGAUGACGACAAACUUGGUUAAACUGGUGAAUUUUAUAGGAAUGGAAUUCCAAAGCUGGCAUCUUAGCUAUCUGAAGGUGCAACCACCAAAGAUGGGCCAAGAGAAGUUGCAGUUGCACAAGAGGUCAGAGUUUGAGAAAUGCUGUUCUCAGAGGGUUGUAUAGCUGAAGGGAAGGAGGAGAAGACAUCAUGGAGGGAAUUCAAACUCUAGAGUACAAAAUCAAGAUGUUUAACCGAGAGCCAUGGUGGGUCAGUGAACAUAGAGGGUGAUGGGUGAAUGGGUCUUGGUGCAGGAUGUGGAGUUUCGGAAGAGUUUGUUUAUGGAGGCUGGAAUGUGGGAGGUUGGCCAGGUGUGCAACUGAAUGGUCGAGUUUGGAUGUAACAAAAGAAUGGCUGACAGUUUCAGCGGCGGAUGAGCUGAAGCAGGCCUGGAGACAGACGAUGUUACGAUGGAAGCAUUCUUAGUGAUGGAGAAGAUAUGAAGCUUAUCUCAGGGCCAGUUAUGACACCAAGGUUGCUAAGAGUCAGUGGCAAGGGAAUGGAGUGCGCCGCGGGAACCAAAACAACAGCUUUGAUCUUCCCAAUAUUUAACGGAGGUGAAUUUCUGCUCGACUGGAUAUUGGGACAAAUGGUCUUACAACGUGCUAGGCACGGGAAGGGUUGAGAGUUGGUGGUGAGGUAGAGCUGGCUGUCAUCAGCGUACAUAUUGAAACUGAGGCUGUAUUUUCGAAUGCUGUUGCCAAGGGGCAGCAUGCAGAUGAGAAAUGGGAGGGGGUCGAGGAUAGAUCCUUCGGACACUCCACUCAUCACUUGACAUCCAACCCCAGUAUGAUUCCAACUGUGAACUUCCUCAAGAUGUUUUGCUACUUUAAAUUUGCUUUGCAUAUUGUUAUAUUCAUUUGAUGGUAAUCCAGCUAGCUUCUAAAUGAUGUUUGACUAGCCAGAAUCUCACUGACCCAUUUACACACCAAAAACCUGAGUCCAAACAAUCUGGCUCUGGUUUGUUUAAACACCACAAACUGAAACCGAGUAGGUCUUACCUUCAUGGUGAGUUUGGACAGCUAAUUUAAGACAGCCAUUCCAAAUCUGUUCUCACCUCCUCUUCCUGUGAUGCACUGACGUCAUAACACUGCCUAAAAAAGGCGGCAAAAGUUCAGAACCCAAACUGCUAAGGGCUGCAUUCACACUGCAGUGAAAACCUACAGUUCAAAUGUGAAACCACUGCUGCUGUUCCAGGGUGCUCAUUAGGCAGACCAUCUAUCUCAGUCCAUGUUUACAACAACUUCGUAGGAGUAUUAUCAAACCCAAAUUUGACACCAAGUCAUGUAGACUUAUAAGGACAGUUGACAAAAAUCUUGGUCAAAGAGGAGGGGAAGUAGAGAGGCAGAGAGGCUUAAGGAGGGAAUUCCAUAGCUUGAGUCCUGGACCGCUGAAGGCACGAUUAAAUCAAGCAGGUGGCCAGAACUGAAUGAACACAGAGAUUGCAGAGGAUUACAGGGCUGGAGGAAGUUAUAGAGAUAAGAAAGGAUGAGAUCAUGGAGGGAUUUGAACAAAAGGAUGAGAAUGUUAAACCUGAGGUGUUGUUAGAUUGGGAUGAACAGGGUGGGGGCCGGGGACUUGGUGUGGAUCAGGAUACGCAGAGUUUUGGAUGAGCUGAAGUUUAAGGGGAGUGCAAAGUGUGAGGCUGGCCAGGAGAACAUUGAAACAGUUGAAUCUGGAGGGAACAAAAGCAUGGAUGAGUGUUUCAACAGCAAAUGUACUGACCUUACAGUCACAGCUGAAUACUACCUUGGUGAAUAAAUGAGCCCUUACAGUGUAAAAGUAAAGAAUGCUACCUCUAAACUUUGAACACAACUUUCUAAUAGAUAUAUCAAAAUUGAUUGGGUUAAUCUUGAUACUGGAUCAUUCUGACAGAAUCAGGGAGGGAUAAGGAGUAAAUGACUCUUUUUUGAAUAAUAAUUCCUCCUAUGUGUUAAAUCAUGUCUUCUGUAUGUGAAUUGUAGUUUUUAAAAUUGAUGAGUACAGUAUUAGAAUACUGCUUGUCCAAGUGAUUGAACUUCAUUUAAAAUGUUGACAGUCAUUAGGCUGAUACCUAUUUUACUCCACAAAAUGUUUCACUACAGUGUUUGAUACAAUAUAUUUUAUUAAUAAACAAUAUUUUAUCAAA